AUGCUGACUGCAGAAAGUCCAAAAUUAGAGGUGGACCUUCAGCAUGGGCACUGCAUGAACCACCUGCUGGCGGAGCUUCCCUCAGAUUCCUUCAAGUAUCUCACUUGGCACGAGUUAAAAGAACAUGAUGUUCGAGGAAAUCAGAUUUGUUGUCCCCGAGUGAGAGAAGGGCCUUCAGAAGAAGAGCUAUUUUUCAGAGGAGAAGAAGAUGUCUUGCGAGCAAGAAAACAAGUAACAGAAAAAGAGAAAUGGCAACAGAGGCUGCAAGAAAACUGGGAAAACUGUGCAAAUUUGAACCUUUCAUUUCAGGACUUGGGCGACCUUUACCAGCUAGAAAACUUUAACAGGAUUCUCCGGAGAUUAAUUCGUGUAGAAAGGCUUUGGUUGGUGGACAAUUCUUUGACAGACCUAAGUGCCAUAAGGUUGCCAAGAUGCAAAGAAUUAAAUGUCAGUAAAAAUCAUUUUACAUCCUUGAAACAGCUGCCAAAGAUACCUCAGAUUCAUCACUUGUCACUGGCUGAUAACAACAUUGAGACACUAAGUGGGAUAUCAGACUUGAGAUCUACUCCACUCGAAUCCCUUAUACUCAAGAGGAACCCCUGUGAGUUUAAAGAAAACUACAGGCAGCUAGUGUUCUCCAAUUUGCCAAACUUGAGAACGCUGGAUGGGGUUCCAAAGCUGCCAGAAGAUUGUCCACCUCCAGAGAUCAGUUUUCUUUCAAAAAUGUGCACCAUAUUGUAGCACUGUAUUUUGUAUCAUAAUGGAGCUAAUGGA